AUGUUGGGUCAUAUGGACACUGGUCACAAGACUCAAAUUCUUUACAUUGCGGGUAGUAGUAGCUUUGCAGUCUACCUUGAGAUUGCUCCUGCCUGUGUUAUUCUUGAGUCAGGCGCAGAAAGUGACUGUAAGGAAAAACUCAAGAAAGCUCAACUCACUGACAAUCAGCUUGUCGAGUGUAAGGAAUUCUUCAGCUCAAUAGACAAGGAUGGUGAUGGUUGCAUUACCACAAAGGAGCUAGGUACCGUGAUGCGAUCCCUCGGUCAAAACCCAACCGAAGCUGAGCUUCAAGACAUGAUCAACGAAGUCGAUGCUGAUGGUAACGGCACAAUUGAUUUCCCUGAGUUCUUGAACCUUAUGGCUAGGAAAAUGAAGGACACUGACUCUGAGGAAGAACUCAAGGAAGCUUUCAGAGUCUUUGACAAAGACCAGAACGGUUUCAUCUCCGCUGCUGAGUUAAGACAUGUCAUGACUAACCUCGGCGAGAAGCUAACUGAUGAAGAGGUUGAUGAGAUGAUUAAGGAAGCUGAUGUUGAUGGUGAUGGUCAGAUCAACUACGAGGAGUUCGUCAAGGUUAUGAUGGCC